AUGAAUUUUCUCAAACUUCAAAGAAAAUACCCGGAGUUUCCGCAAAGCGAACUGUUUGGUUUACAGGAUGCUUUCCGUAAGCUGGAUAUAGAUGACAAAGGCUACCUUGAUGAGUCGACAGCGAUCAAAGCAACCCAGCAGUCUGAGCGCCAGCCCUAUGAUGUGGUGAGAGCAGCUCUCAAGGAGGUGGAGCUCGACAGCUCACGCCGCGUGGAAUUUGAAGACUAUGUCGAUCUCAUUUCCAAGGUCCGAGGAGCCGGUGCAGCACCUGCCAAAGUACCAAAUCCAGUUCAAGCAGCCAGCCCCGGUGCAGGCCCUGUCAGCGGCUCUUCUCGCCAUGUAUCCAAAGGAAGCAUCGGCGGCAAGAUCCACGUCCAAGGCUCAUCCGCAAACGUGACACAUACAAUCAAUGAGGACGAGAGAACCGAAUUUACGAGACACAUUAAUGCGGUCCUCGCCGGCGAUCCAGACAUUGGCAAUCUUCUGCCUUUCCCAACCGACACCUUCGAGAUGUUUGAUAAAUGUAAGGAUGGCUUGGUCUUAGCAAAGCUUAUCAAUGACAGCGUGCCGGAUACCAUUGAUGAACGUGUCUUGAACAAACAGGGCACCAAGAUCAAACAAUUGAACGCCUUCCACAUGACAGAGAAUAACAACAUCGUUAUCAACUCCGCAAAAGGCAUCGGUUGCUCAGUCGUCAACAUUGGAAGCGGUGACAUUAUUGAGGUUAGAGAACAUUUGAUUCUGGGUUUGAUUUGGCAGAUCAUUCGUCGUGGUCUCUUGGGAAAGAUUGACAUUAAGCUACAUCCCGAGUUGUAUCGGCUGCUUGAGGAGGAUGAGACUCUGGAGCAGUUCUUACGACUACCCCCUGAGCAGAUCCUGCUUCGGUGGUUCAACUAUCACUUGAAGAAUGCGAAAUGGGAACGAAGGGUCAACAACUUUUCCACCGAUGUCAAAGAUGGAGAGAACUACACUGUAUUGCUUAACCAACUUGCACCGGAUCUAUGUUCUCGAUCACCUUUGCAGACAAGAGAUCUGUUGCAACGCGCCGAACAGGUCUUGACCAACGCGGAGAGGUUAGAUUGCCGCAAGUUUUUGACUCCGACAUCACUGGUCGCUGGUAACCCCAAACUCAAUUUAGCCUUCGUUGCCAAUCUUUUCAACACUCACCCUGGUUUGGACCCUAUCACAGAGGAAGAGAAGCUCGAGGUGGAGGACUUCGAUGCAGAAGGCGAAAGAGAGGCCCGCGUGUUCACUUUGUGGCUAAACUCCUUGGAUGUGCAGCCCGCUGUCAACUCCCUCUUCGACGACCUUCGAGACGGCACAAUUCUUCUUCAAGCUUACGACAAGGUUAUCCCUGGCAGUGUCAACUGGAGACAUGUCAACAAGCUUCCAGCUUCUGGUGGAGAGAUCCUCCGCUUUAAGGCGGUGGAGAACACAAACUACGCAAUCGAACUUGGAAAACAGAACCGCUUCUCCCUCGUCGGUAUUCAAGGUGCUGAUAUCACUGAUGGGCAACGAACAUUGACAUUGGGCUUGGUGUGGCAGCUUAUGCGAAAAGAUAUCACGAACACUCUAUCCUCCCUAGCACAGCGAUUGGGCAAGCGUGAAAUCACGGAUGCCGAAAUGAUUCGGUGGGCUAAUGAUAUGUCACAAAAGGGAGGCGGCAAAUCGACUAUACGCAGCUUCAAGGAUGGGUCUAUCGGCACCGGUAUUUUCCUUUUGGAUGUCUUGAGUGGCAUGAAGAGCAGCUAUGUCGAUUAUGACUUGGUUACCGCGGGACGCACUCCUGAGGAUGCAUAUGCAAAUGCAAAACUCAGUAUCAGUAUUGCCAGAAAAAUGGGCGCAACUAUCUGGCUGGUGCCUGAGGAUAUCUGCCAAGUCAGGUCUCGGCUUGUCACAACUUUUAUUGGUUCAUUGAUGGCCACUUUCGAGAAGAUGUGA